CUGGAAUAUAUAUUAUGGCUUGUGCUUGGCCGGAUGCGAGGCUAUAUAAACCUUAAUAUAGCUAGUGCAGAGAUCAUCCACCAGUGUAUAGCGUGUCCUUGAAGGAAACCAGCUGAUAAAAAAUGGAGGUUGAAAUUACUUCCAAAGAGUGCAUCAAACCCUCUUCCUCAACACCCUCAAACUUGAAAACCCGCAAUCUCUCCCUCUUGGACUACGAUGCAUUGCCUCCAGCGAUGGGUACCACCAAUUUUUCCAAGCCUUUUCUCUAUCCAAGUAAGCGUAUUGCAAGGAGAUUUGUGUUUGAUGCAUCAGCCAUUACAUCACUUACGGCCAAAACAAGCAGCUCAAGCCUAAGGCAUUUGCUCUCCUUUACUUCCCAUCCAUGUGGGACUAAGAAGGAGCACGGCCAACAGCAAAACCCCACGAGAGUUGAGGUAGUCACUGCACUCCUAGAUAAAUGCAUGAGGGCUGCCUCCAAGGCAGCAUCCGGUAUGCAGAGACCAGCUAUUAUUACACAUGCAGUGAAUUUGCGCCAAAGAGCGGUUACUCCACUCCGAGAAACUUUUAUGGGAAACAUUGUUUGGUCAGUUGGUGCAUUGUGCAUGCAGGGUGAUCAAGAGACGGACUUACCUUUCGUGAUUACAAAUCUCAGAGAAGCAAUAACGAAAAUCGAUGACGACUUUUACAAGUCAUGGGAUGGAUCUUGGUGUAACUUUGGUCUCUAUGACAUUGAUUUUGGGUGGGGAAAGCCCGUGUGGAUAGGCAACGUUGGUUUAAGCGAGGGUACUGAGAGUUGGAUCCCAAAUUUGAUAGUGUUGAUGGACACCAAAACCAGCGGUGGAAUAGAAGCAUGGGUGUGGUUGGACAAAGAAAACAUGGUCAUCCCAGUCCCAUGAACUACACAAUUCGUGUAUUUCUCAUCCAUUCCAUGUAUAUCAUGGUUGUCCUACUUCCACGUUGCUAGCUGGUUUCAUCAUAUCGA